UCGUGGCCGCAGCUUCCGCGCUGGGUAUCAUGGCGGCGGCGCGGUUCGUGUGUUGUUGAGGAGCCGAGACGCCUGCCCGCUCGCGCCAUGGUCUUCCUCACCGCGCAGCUUUGGCUGCGGAGCCGCGUCACCGACCGCUACUGGCGGAUCCAGGAGGUGCUGAAGCACGCCCGGCAUUUCCGGGGGAGGAAGAACCGCUGCUACAGGUUGGCGGUCAGAGCUGUGAUUAGAGCUUUUGUGAAAUGCACCAAAGCGCGGAGACUGAAGAAGAGGAACAUGAGGACGCUCUGGAUUAGUCGAAUUACAGCUGCUUCCCAGGAACAUGGCCUGAAGUACCCAGUGUUCAUUGCCAAUCUGAUUAAGUGCCAGGUGGAGCUCAACAGGAGGGUGCUCGCAGAUUUGGCCAUCUACGAACCAAAGACUUUCAAAUCUCUGGCUGCUCUGGCCAAGAGGAGGCGACAGGAAGGAUUUGCUGCAGCCCUGGGGGACGGGAAGGAGCCUGAAGGCAUCUUUUCCAGAGUGGUGCGGUACCACUGAGCGGUUGCAGCUGUGCACAUUAGGAGGAGGGUUUUUUUCCUGAUGAUUAUAACGAAAAUAAGAGCAAAGUAAUUAUUUAGUCAGCAGUUUGUAAGUUUGAUUUGUAAUUGUAUUUACAUUUCAGGAAGAGGCAUGAGAAGGCCUUGUCUUCUCUCAAUGGGACAGAUUCACAGGAUUGUCCAGUAGAUUGUGCCAAUAAAGUUGUGGGGU